UGUCACUUGGCUACCGGUGUCCGGCCACGCCGGUGACGGCCGGAGAGCGCAGCGUCGCGGCCGGCUUGGCUGGAGGGUCUUGUGACCCGAGGCGCGGGCAGCGAGGACGCGCGGGAGGAGACCCGAAGCGCGGGCGGCGGAGCCAGGAGGCCCACGGCUCGCAGCUGGUCUCAAUUUCCCCGGGUGCCGCGUGGGCUGCCGCCGAGCCGCGCGCUCUCUGGUCUCCACGCAGCCCCAACGCGGCGCCCCUUGACGGACGGGGAGAGUAAGUCCCGCGUCUGGGCGUCCGCCCUUUCUGCAGGUUCCAAUGGCGGCGGCGCCUGCGGCAGCGCAGCCCGACCAGGCGCAGGGUCUGAUGGCCUUUGAGGACGUGGCUGUGCACUUCUCCCAGGAGGAGUGGGGACUCCUGGAUACAGCCCAGAGGUCUCUGUACCGCCGGGUGAUGCUGGAGAACUUCGCCCUCCUGGCCUCGCUGGGCCUGUCUGUGUCCCGGCCCCAUGUGGUCACGCAGCUGGAGCGCGGCGAGGAGCCCUGGGUUCUCAGUGGGGUGGACGUGACCCUGCCCCGGGAUGCCCAGAGGAGGCCCCGCCGCGGUUCCCCUCCUCUGGCAGAGAACGGCAAUGUUUCUGGAGAAGCCCCAUUCCCGGGGGCUUUCAGGGAUGGUUUCUCUCUGGCGCCCGCCAGGGUCCUCCCCACCACGGGUGCCUAUGAGCGCAGGAAGAUCCCGGAGGGUCGGCGCGGCAUCUCCCCGUCUCGGGAGAGGAGACCCACUGGGGUAUCUGUGAUCUACUGGGAGAGGCUCCGGCUGGGGCCGGGCAGCGGCGAUGCCAGUGUGAGCCUCCGGCUGACCUCUUCUCUGCGGCCGCCGCCUGGGGACAAGGCUCUCGCAGAGUGCCUCGUGCCCAGUCAGCCGUCUCGGGUGUCGGAGCGGCGGAAGCCCUGGGCCCGUGAGGCCCCCGGGGGAGCCUUCUCAAGCGCUCCCGGGGCUCCAGGAGCGCGAGGAAUGGGCCCGGCCUGGCGCGGGCCGCCUGGCUGGACCGAGCUGGGUGAGGCACUGCAGCCCGGGCCCGGCCUCCUCUCCGGGGAGAAGCCCUUCGAGUGCAGGGCGUGCAGCAAGGUGUUCGUGAAGAGCUCCGACCUGCUCAAGCACCUGCGCACACACACCGGGGAGCGGCCUUACGAGUGUGCGCAGUGCGGCAAGGCCUUCAGCCAGACGUCGCACCUGACGCAGCACCAGCGCAUCCACAGCGGGGAGACGCCCUACAGCUGCCCGGCCUGCGGGCAGGCCUUCCGGCACAGCUCGUCGUUGGUGCGGCACCAGCGCAUCCACACGGCUGAGAAGGCCUUCCGCUGCGCCGAGUGCGGCAAGGCCUUCAGCCACCGCUCCAACCUCAGCCAGCACCGCAAGAUCCACGCGGGCGGCCGGCCCUACGCGUGCGCGCGCUGCGGCCGCAGCUUCUGCCGCAACUCGCACCUCAUCCAGCACGAGCGCACGCACACUGGCGAGAAGCCCUUCGCCUGUGCGCUUUGCGGGGCUGCCUUCAGCCAGGGCUCGUCGCUCUUCAAGCACCGGCGUGUGCACACGGGCGAGAAGCCCUUCGCCUGCGCGCAGUGCGGCCGCGCCUUCAGCCACAGCUCCAACCUGCGGCAGCACCGGCUGCUGCACACAGGCGAGCGGCCCUUCCGCUGCGCGGACUGCGGCAAGGCCUUCGCCAAAGGCGCCGUGCUGCUCAGCCACCGGCGCAUCCACACGGGCGAGAAGCCCUUCGUGUGCGCGCACUGCGGCCGCGCCUUCCGCGAGCGCCCGGCCCUCUUCCACCACCAGAGGCUCCACACCGGCGAGAAGCCUGCGCGCCGGCCCCGAGCCGGCCCGCGCCCCCCGGCCAGGCCGCCUUCAGGGGCAUCGCCCGAGGGCGCACUGGGGCGGGAGGCCGGGCGCCCCGCCACCUCGGGCCCAGCCACCAUCCUGAGGACCACUGAGUCCUGAGGGCGCGGCCCGACCUUCCCCGGCCGGUGGUUGGGCCCUUCUGCGCAUACAGGCCCGGUCCUCUGCAGAGGCCUCCACUCUGGAGGAGCUUGGCGCGGGCACUGGGGUUCCUCCUGCACCUGGUGACAAGAUCUGCCGCUGGUUGGCCACAGCUCACCCCUCCAGCCUCAAGCGGUCUGGCUGCAGAAAGGACGGGGGAGGCUGGCAGGGUGCUGCCGGUUCAUGCGUGUCUUCACUGGUACCAGAACAGGAGGUGCUGGGGGGUGUGGAGGUGGUCCGGAGACAUUUCCGAGGUUCCCACCCAAACUGGAGGCUUUGUAGGGAACUGCUGCACCCCUGCCGUCAGAAGAUCCCCCACCCCAGGCCUCAGUUCAGCCCGGGCUUCCUGGGAGCCGGCCCGUGGACAGGAGGCCUUGUGGGAGGCGGCUGUUGGCUUUAGGACCAGUGGCUGGGCUCUGAGCCUCAGCUCCCGCCUCCGGGGAAGAAAAAACAUUGAGGCUGCAGACGGCAAUCUGCAAUCCCCGCAGGCUCCCGCCAGUCCCGCCUCUGCCUGAGGAGGUUUCUCCUGACAGCGCUGAGGGGCUGCUGUGGCUGGGGUCCCCACUCCCCAGAGGAGGCUGAGGCACAGAGAGCUCACCCUUUCACCCCACACUUAGCCUGCCAGCUUGGAGGGUGAAGCCUGCCUGACUCCUUGCACGAGGCCGACCCUCAGGACAGGGGAGUCCCCAGGGAGCUGGGGGAACAAGGUGCAGAGUGCCAGUUCCCUGGCUGUGCUUGUUCACUCAUAUUGUGGUCCUGGUUUAGCUCCUGCGUCCUGCCCUCCUUAAAGUCAGCGCCAUCCGAGCCUCUCCAGCCCCACUGCCCUGAUGGGAGGUGACCACAGCAACAGGUUCAGAGAAGGUGGGUGGGCCACUUGCUUCUGUGGGAUCCAGUGCCAUGUUCCUGCCUGUGCCUCCCUCAUGGGGCAGAGGACUUGCCACCACGAGGCUGUGUGUGGUGCCCUCCUGAGACCCCUCCCCAGGGUGCCACAGCCCACACGGUAGGGACACUGAGGCAGACAAAUGGGCUGGGGGCCCGGUUGGCUUCUUGUGGCCUUCCACCUGGGGCAUCUCCACCCAGGGUCUCACCUCCAGGGAAGUUAAUGGAGCAUUUAUUGGAGGGGGGAAAGACUAGAAGUUAUGGCUUGGAGGUACGCUUUAAACUCUUGAACGGCACUGUGCAGGGCCGCAGCCUCAGCCUCUAGGUCGUGGUUCAGAAGGUUUUGAUAAGACAGAGUCCAGAGAGACUCCCUAAUAAAGGUUUCUUUUUAGAAACAUGAA